AGCAUUGCAAAUGAAAACAUCAACUACCGUAAAGGGCACAUUCAACAACAAUUGAACCGAAUUUUUCUCUCUUCCCCUCUUGCUCCAUCCCCUCCCUCCCUCGCUGUGACGGUAACGAUGUCCAGAUCCCGGGCUCCAGACCCACCCAUCGAUACGGAACAAGACAGCAUCCUCAACGACUCGGACGAAGAGGGCUGGGAAGACGCGGAAGCGGACGGCGAAGAGGUUUCCAUUGUCUGCUUGUUCUGCACACAGACUUUCCCUUUAUCGGAGGGUGUGUUCGAGCAUUGUGCUGCGGUGCAUGGGUUUGAGUACAAGGUUGUCAGAAGGGAACUUGGACUCGACUUCUACGGCUGCAUAAAACUGAUAAACUACAUCCGCUCUGAAAUCGCACAAUCGCGUGUCCCGGACUUUGCUACUACUGCAGCAUUCCUGCAGGACGAGAAGUACCUGCGGCCAGUGCUUGAGGAUGAUGCGUUACUGUUUGGUCUUGACGGCGAAGAAGGAGAAAAUAUGAAAGAAGAGGACGGGGGGCUCACCGAGGAUCAGAAGAGGGUACGCGAGCUCGAGGAGAGGUUGAAAAAGUUGGAGUUGGUGCAUUCAGAGUAUAGGGAGGCGGUUAAUCGGAAUCUUGAGAUGCGGUUGGAGGAGGAGGAUAGGGAUGUUAAAAAGGGGGGGAGUGAGGAUGAUAGUCAUUACUUUGAGAGUUAUUCCGGGAAUGAUAUUCACGAAAUUAUGCUGAAGGAUAGUGUCAGGACGGAUGCUUAUCGGGACUUUGUUUAUGGGAAUAAGCACUUGUUUAAAGACAAGGUGGUUCUAGACGUUGGCUGCGGAACCGGUGUUCUUUCAAUGUUCUGCGCAAAGGUUGGGGCAAAGAAGGUCAUUGCGGUGGACAACUCAGCAAUCAUAAAUAAAGCUGCAGCAAACGUUUUCGAGAACAGCUUGGACGGCGUCAUAACCUGCAUACGUGGAAAGAUUGAGGAAGUAACAUUGCCUGUUAAGCAAGUAGAUGUCAUUGUUUCCGAAUGGAUGGGUUAUGUUCUCCUUUACGAAGCGAUGUUGGACUCGGUCCUCUUCGCUCGGGAUAAGUAUCUUGCUCCUGAUGGCCUGAUGGUCCCGUCUGAAUGCAAGAUCUUGAUUGCGGCAAUGCACGAUUCCGAGUACAUGAAUGACAGCGUCGACUUCUGGAACCACGUAUACGGCUUCUCCAUGACGGCCAUGAAAGAGAAGAUCCGAGAGGAUGUAGCAAUAACCGGACUUAAUUCCUCGUCCCUCGCUUCAGAGCCGAUCGCUUUUUGCCAUUUGCCAUUGCACACAAUCAGGACCUCUGACCUCACCUUCACCAAGCCUUUCCAACUUAGAAUCAAGCAGAACGUUGAAAGUUUGGAUGCUUUCGUCAUCUAUUUCGAUACGUUCUUCGCUACUUCUCGAAAUCAAUUGGUUCCGGAGGAUGCCAGGGCAGAGUCAUGGAAACAUGGUGAGGGGGGUGUGGCAUUUACUACUGGGCCGUUUGGCAAGUUGACCCAUUGGAAACAAGGGGUGCUGUUGGUUGAUAGGAGGGGUGGACUGCUGAAGGAAGGUGAAAUAAUCAAUGGUGAGGUUACUUACAAAAAACGAUCUGGGAACUCCCGAGAGGUUGAGGUUGAGAUUGAGUGGAAGACGGAGAACAGGAAGGAUAAGCAGAUGUGGUACAUGAGGUGA